AUGGCCCCGCGGCCGAUGCUGGUCGUCACCUUGCUCCUCGCUUCGUUGGCAUCCGCGCUCGGGGAGAGCAUCUCUCCCUCGUGCGCCGCCGCCGCUCGUCCGAUUGUCGUCAUCGGAAGCGUGAACGUGGAUCUCACGGUGCGAGUCGCUCGACCUCCGUCGGUAGAUGAGACAGUUCUCGCAACCUCGCCGACGCUCACGACAGCAGUUGGAGGUAAGGGCGCGAAUCAAGCAAUCGCGGCCGCCCGACUAUCCGCAGGGUCUCGUCCCGUGAGAUUCGUCGGUCGAUUUGGAAACGACGCGCAUGCGAGCGUGCUCGAGACCGAGCUGCGCGAGAACGGCGUGGACGUUUCCUCGUGCGGUCACGUCGACGACCUUCCCUCGGGGCAAGGCUUCGUCAUGCUCUCCCCAGACGGCGCCGCGUCCUCCGUCGUCAUCGGCGGCGCGAACACCGCGUGGCCGAGCGACGAGCGAACGCUUCGUAAGCUCGUGACGGACGCCGUACACGGCGCCGCGGUCGUGUUGCUGCAACGAGAGGUCCCAGAGCGCGUCAACGUCGCAGCCGCGAAAGCUGCGAACGCGGCGAACGUCCCAGUCAUCCUCGACGCCGGCGGCGCGAACACUGCGUUAUCGAGAACGCUUCUUGAGUUGAUAGAUUACCUCUGCCCGAACGAGACUGAGCUCAUGAGGUUGACCGGGAUGCGCACGGAGACGGACGAUGACGUAGUAACGGCGGCGAAGACGCUGCUCAAGAAUGGUGCGAAUCACAUCCUGGUGACGUUAGGCGGGCGCGGGUCCGUGUCCGUGAGCGCCUCUGAAGUGAAGUGGCACGAGCCGAUCGCGGUGCCGAAAAAUGAGGUCCUCGACGCGACCGCGGCCGGCGACGCGUUUCGAGCCGCGAUCGCGGUGUCCAUCGCCGAAAGCGGCAGCGGUGAAUUGACCGAACGCGGGGCGAAGCUCGCCGCCGCGGCGGGCGCGUGCGCAGUUCGCGUCGUGGGCGCGAUGCCGUCGCUCCCGACGAGGGAAGCGGCGGAUGCUCUUCUCUCGCCGGAAGACCGUUCGCUGAAGUUGAGUUCGUCGUGCCAAGCGACGUCGGAUGCGCGGGAGAUGACGGGAACGGUCGAAGAGUGCCCUUUACUUUUCGGUUCGCGCCUGAAUUCGAUGAGAGCGCGCCCUGACCUUUUUGCGAGGUCGGCUUCGGCGUCGUCGCUGUGGGGUCUGGGUAAAUCCAGCGACGUAAAAAGGAUAAGUACGCUCGAUAUGAUUCAAAGGCUCGGGACUGCGUCGGGUAUAACCUCUGUCGAUAUCAAUUACCCGCAACACCUCGAAGGACUCAAGGCGAAGGCCGUGAGCACAGCGCUCGCCGCCGCCGGCAUCACGCCUGGGUCGAUCGCGGUGCGAUUCCCGGCGACGAUUUCAUACCGUCGUGGCGGCGCAUUCACAAACCCCGACCAGCGCAUUCGCGCUGAGGCGGUGAAACUCAUCGCGAACGCGUGCGAGUGGGCGAACGCAAUCAACGCGUCUGGAGGCGUCGUAAUUUGGCCGCAAUUCGAUGGGUACGACUAUCAUUUCCAAGUAAACUACACGGAGACGUGGGAACGCGGCGUCGACGCGCUCCGCGACGCUGUGGACCAUCCUAGGUGUGAGGGCGUAAAGAUUUCGUACGAAUUCAAGCCAACGGACGAGUCGUCGCGAUUCGCAAUCGUACCAAGCACCGCGGCGGCGUUGGCGUUAGUUCGCGAGGUGAACCGUCCCGGCAGGUUCGGUUUGACCUUGGAUGCGGGGCAUUUGAUCGCGGCGGGAGAGAACCCAGCGCAGAGCGCCGCUUCUGUCGCUCGCGCGAACGCGCUUUUCGGAUUUCACAUAGGCGAUGUUCACUCAAAACUAGGAGCGGAGGAUGGGUUAGCGUUCGGUUCAGUGCAUGCUUCUUUGUCGUUGGAGCUCGUGUAUUGGCUUCGGGCGGUUCGGUACGUUGGAGUCGUGUAUUUCGACACGUUCCCCGAGGCGGAAGAUCCCGUGAGAGAGGCAGAGUAUAAUGUACGAACGUUCAAACGGAUGUGGAACAUAGCGGGGAGGUUAGAGAGAGCGGGCAUGGGGUCGAAGCUCGCUGAACACGACGCGAUGGGAUCCCUCGAGUUGAUCGAAAAGGGUUUCUUCGCGCCAUAA